CCGCGGGUAUCCAUCAUGGCGGCCCCCAUGUAAACGUUUCGUCGCGUUUCUAGAUCGUCAAAAAACAUUAAUAGUGUUUCUGUGCUAGCCGCUGUACAAGACAGUUGGUCAGAACUGAAGACAAUUGUAAUUCUUGGUAUCUAGAAUAUUCCACAGUAUAUAUUCUCAAUAUGGAUGUUGCAGACGACAGACGUGACCGAAAACGCGAAAGGUCCAGAUCCAGGGAAAGGAAAUCAAAGCGCCCAAGAUCCCGAAGUAGAGAGAGAAAACGAUCUCGGAGUCGUGACAGAGCAAGAAACAGAAGCAGGAGCAGAGAAAGAGAUAGACGCAGCAGAAGUCGUGAUCGUGGCAAACGUAAACACAAAGAUUCCAAGGACGGCAAAGAUGGGAAAAAAGACUCAAAAGAUUCAUUAAAGAAAGAGAAGGAUGCAAAGAAAGUAGUCCCUUUAUCGUUGGAAGAACUUCUUGCCAAGAAGAAAGCAGAGGAGGAAGCUCUAAGCAAGCCAAAGUUUUUAACCAAAGAAGAAAGAGCUGCUGAAGCCCUGAAGAGAAGACAGGAAGCAGUGGACUUACAGAGGAAAAAGAUUGAAGAGGAACGACAAAAACAGAAGGAGUUCCUGCUAGCGGGCAAAGAUUCUUACGGUGACCGUUAUGAUCGAGACCGAGAAAGGGAGAGAGAACGUGAACGGAGAGAGAGACGAGAGAGGGAAAGACAGGAGCGGGAACGUGACCGCGACCACGACCGUGACCGACGCGGGGAGGACACAGGUGAAAGGGUUAAAGUUAUAGAGGGAAAAGACAAAGAGAAGGAAUCAGAGGCAAUCAAGGAGCGUUACCUGGGAAUCAUCAAGAAGAAACGACGUGUGCGUCGCCUGAACGACCGUAAGUUCGUGUUUGACUGGGAUGCGGGUGACGACACCUCUCAGGACUACAAUCCUAUUUACAAGGAGAAACACUCCAUACAGUUUUUUGGCCGUGGCCAAGUGGGAGGUAUUGAUAUGAAGCAACAAAAAGUUGACCAGUCCAAAUUUUAUGGCGACUUGUUAGAAAAGAGAAGAACCGAUGGGGAAAAGGAACAAGAAAAGAAGAGGGUUAAGAAUGUCGCAAAAAAAGAGGCGAAACAGAAGUGGGAUGACCGCCACUGGAAGGAGAAAUCUCUGCCAGAGAUGGCUGAGAGGGACUGGCGUAUAUUUAAGGAGGAUUACAAUAUUACCUGUAAGGGUGGUCGUAUCCCUAACCCCAUCAGGAACUGGAAGGAGUCGGCUCUCAUGAAGGAACUCCUCGACGUCAUCGACAAGAUUGGGUACAAGGAGCCGACCCCUAUCCAGAGACAAGCCAUUCCCAUUGGUCUACAGAACCGUGACAUCAUUGGUAUCGCUGAAACUGGCAGUGGUAAAACCGCUGCUUUCCUCAUCCCUCUAAUCAAGUGGAUUCAGUCACUUCCAAAAAUUGUCAGGAUGGAAGAUGCUGAUCAGGGUCCCUAUGCUAUCAUCCUGGCUCCGACUCGUGAACUGGCUCAGCAGAUUGAGGCAGAGACAAUGAAGUUUAGCGAGUUCCUGGGUAUUCGUACAGUAGCCAUAAUAGGAGGUAUCUCAAGGGAGGAGCAGGGAUUCAAGCUCCAACAGGGAUGUGAGAUUGUGAUAGCCACCCCAGGGCGUCUAAUUGAUGUGUUGGAGAAUCGUUACCUCGUUCUCAAUCAGUGUACCUAUCUGGUCAUGGACGAGGCUGACCGAAUGAUCGACAUGGGCUUCGAGCCCGAUGUACAGCGCAUUCUUGAGUACCUACCCGUUACUAACAUGAAACCUGACAAUGAUGAUGCAGAGGAUGACGAGAAAAUGUUGAAAAAUUUCAACACUACAAAAAAAUACAGACAGACGGUUAUGUUCACGGCUACCAUGCCCCCUCCCGUGGAGCGGUUGGCACGUACCUACCUGCGGCGGCCCGCUGUUGUGUACAUCGGAUCUGCUGGUCGUCCCACGGAGAGGACAGAACAGAUUGUACACAUGGUCUCUAGCAACAUGAAGAGGAAGAAACUUCUCAACAUCCUAGAAGAGGGCAUCGACCCUCCAAUCAUCAUCUUCGUCAACCAAAAGAAGGGCGCGGAUGUCCUGGCUAAGUCCCUGGAGAAGAUGGGGUAUAGUGCUAUCACACUCCACGGAGGGAAAGGCCAGGAGCAGAGGGAGUUCGCUCUGGCUAGUCUGAAAAACGGCAGCAAGGAUAUCCUAGUGGCAACGAAUGUGGCAGGACGUGGUAUCGACAUCAAAGAUGUUUCCAUGGUGAUAAACUACGACAUGACCAAAAGUAUAGAAGAUUACACUCAUCGUAUCGGUAGAACUGGACGGGCUGGUAAGACCGGUAUUGCAGUGACCUUCCUGACUCAGGAAAAUUCCGCCGUGUUCUAUGACUUGAAACAGACUAUCAUGGCUAGUCCCAUCUCGUCAUGUCCGCCAGAGCUGGCCAACCACCCCGAUGCCCAGCACAAGCCUGGCACUGUCGUACAGAAAAAACGCAAGGAUGAGACCAUAUUUCUCACAUAAGCAAAAUAAAAAAAUUGUGUCUUUGUAAAGAAACUUUUUACAAUAUUUGAGAAAUUGCAAAAGUUUAAAAAAAAAUAGUGAGACAUUAUCACGAGUUUUCAAAUGUAAAGAAAUCAAAUGUCAGAAAACUUUACAGACUUUUUAAGGCCCUAUGUAACAUUAGUAGAAAUUACCAUGCAUUGAUAUGGUCUACAGUGGUGAAUGGGCUAAGGUACCUGGUGACAAGAGUUGGAAAUCACCGACCUCGGCAGAUAUUUGUGGUGUGUUUGUCUGGCAACGAUUGCUCCAUCUAUUUGUUGGUAAACUUUUCAUCAUUACAACAGUUACACCUGUCAGGAUAUCUAAGAUUGACAUUGGGAUUGCUUCCAACAGCUAAAUGUUAACGUGUCAUAUUCCCGCGGACCAAUAUGUAUUACGGGUGGUACCUGUUGGUUACAAGUGUUAAUGGAGAUAAGUAACUCUCGUUAAGUAUUGUGACCGUGCUUUCUUGUUGAUGCUGAAUCGUAUUGGAUCGAGACCCUUACCUUGUAGACAUUACAAAGUAUUAAAGGCCUCAAAACACCACA